AUGCCGCGACGGCUUGCAAAUCCCUUCUCCUCCAGCCAGUCUGCCAUGUCUGUGUCCGAAAAGACUGGCGAACGACGUCUCUCAACCUCAAAGACCAACCGACUGAGCCAGCUCUUCUCGUCCAGCCCAAAGUCCAAGGACCAGGCCGUCAUGCAUCAAAGCCAGAUGAGCACCAUCUCGCCGUCGACGGUGUCGCUGCCCACCAUUUCGCUGUCCACGGCGACGGGUGAGUCCAACACCACCGAGCCGACCACGACGCUGUUCAAGCCUCAGUCGGCCGAGGAGGUGGAGCGCCGGCGACGCGUCGAGGCUCAAUUUGGCCCGCUGCUCUCUCCCGAGCACUUGUACACCAGUCAGGCCGCGGGCAAGCCCUUUGAGCGGCCGAUUGAGGACGAGCCUCCGUACUACUAUCUCCUGACCACCUACCUGAGCUACUUGGCUCUCAUUCUGUUUGGCCACGUUCGUGAUUUCUUUGGCAAGCGGUUCGGCGACCGCAAGCGCUACCUGCCUCUCAAGAUUCACAAUGGAUUCGCCCCCCUCAAUGAUGAUUUCGACAGCUUCUACACCCGACGCCUCAAGACGCGUCUGGACGACUGCUUCGCCCGCACCACUGUCGGCGUCCCCGGCCGCUUCAUCACCCUCAAGGACCGCAAGUCGGACGACUACAACUACACCUACCGCUACACCGGCACCUACACUGAGACGCUAAACAUGAGUUCCUACAACUAUCUCGGUUUUGCUCAGUCUGAGGGUCCCUGUGCCGAUGCCGUCGAGGAAUGCGUCAAGAAGUACGGAGCCACCUUUGCAAGCCCCCGAACUGACAGCGGCACUUCUGAUUUGGCCCUCGAAGUUGAGCGGGAAAUUGCGUCCUUUGUUGGAAAGCCCGACGCCAUGGUCUUCUCCAUGGGCUACGUCACCAACUCCAGCACGUUCCCUGCGCUUGUGUCCAAGGGCUGCCUGAUCAUAUCUGACGAGCUGAACCAUGCCUCUAUCCGAAUCGGUGCUCGUCUUUCUGGUGCUGUUAUCCAGUCGUUCAAGCACAACGACAUGGGCGACCUCGAGCGUGUUCUCCGUGAGGCUAUUUCCCAGGGCCAGCCAAGGACUCACCGUCCCUGGAAGAAGAUUCUCGUGGUCGUCGAAGGUCUCUACUCGAUGGAAGGCACCAUGGUCAACCUGCCCGGAAUCCUGGAACUGAAGCGCAAGUACAAGUUUUACCUGUUCAUUGACGAGGCUCACUCCAUCGGUGCCCUGGGACCCCACGGCCGCGGCGUUUGUGACUACUAUGGCGUUGACACCUCGGAAGUCGACAUCCUCAUGGGCACUCUAACCAAGUCUUUCGGCGCCAACGGAGGCUACGUUGCCGCGGAGAAGCACAUCAUCGACAAGCUCCGUGCCACCAACGCGUCCACCAUCUUUGGCGAAGCCCCUGCCCCCUCGGUGCUCAUGCAGAUUCUUGCCUCCCUCAAGCUGAUCAACGGAGAUAUUUGCCCAGGCCAGGGCGAUGAGCGCCUGAAGCGCAUUGCCUUCAACUCUCGCUACCUUCGUCUCGGACUCAAGCGUCUCGGUAUGAUUGUGACUGGUCACGACGACUCACCCAUCAUCCCCGUCCUGCUUUACAACCCCGGAAAGAUGCCUGCUUUCAGUCGCCAGAUGCUCGCCCGCAAAAUCUCCGUCGUUGUCGUCGGCUAUCCCGCCACCCCCCUCAUCAGCUCGCGUGCUCGCUUCUGCGUCUCUGCUGCCCACAACAAGGAUGACCUCGACCGACUGCUCAUUGCCUGUGACGAGGUUGCCGACCUUCUCCAGCUCAAGUACUCCACGGGCAUUGCCGGUGGUUUGGAGCCUCUGCCUGAGGGCGUCGCACCAGAAGACGAGGCCGAGUGGAGGAAGAACACCGGCACUCCCAUCAAGGCUCCCCGAUGGAAGGUCGAGGACGUCAUUCGACGAGGUGUCGUUGACUGCAAGCUCCCUCUGCGGUGA